AUGGCAAGAACAAAAACCACUGCUAGAAAGUCAUUCUAUGGAACAACAGGAGGCAAAGCUCCAAGAAAAAGUAUUGCUAACAAGAUUGCCAAAAAAACCUCUGCCAAACAACCAUCCACUGGAGGUCUGAAGAAGCCACACAGAUACAAGCCAGGUACAGUGGCAUUGAGAGAGAUUAGAAAGUAUCAAAAGAGUACCGAAUUGCUCAUCAGAAAACUACCAUUCCAAAGAUUGGUCAGAGAAAUUGCACAAGACUAUAAAUCAGACUUGAGAUUCCAAUCGAAUGCAGUGUUGGCUUUGCAGGAAGCAAGUGAAGCUUAUUUGGUCUCUCUAUUUGAAGAUACGAACUUGUGCGCUAUUCAUGGUAAACGUAUAACCAUCAUGCCAAAAGACAUGUCAUUGGCCAUGAGAAUUAGAGGAGAGUCUAAGCAAAAGUAG